GGCAGUGUGAAGAGUUCCCAUCCGGAUCAGGCAGGUGGGGUCUCCCGGGUCUCCGGCAUGUGCCGCGGUCCCUGAAGACCCCUGACUGGCGCGGCCCAGAGCAAAUCCAGUCUCCAACAGCCUCCUAUCUCGCCUUCCGCCUCCGCAUUUCUCCUCAGUAUUUAACUAGCCUGCGACCGCUCUCCCAAGCUGCACCCUCUCCCGCCCUCAUCACCUUCACGACUCUUGCCAUCGCCGCCCCGCCUACUCUAAAAACCUUAUAAUGGCCCUCUCUGCACCCGCCCACCGUCUCCACGGCGUCCUCAACGGCGGUGUCUUUGGCAGCCCCGGCUGGUCGUCCAUCGCAGGCGCAUCUCACGCCGAGGCGUCCUCCUUCAGCGCCGUGCCCAACACGAACCGCGGCCGCGCGACCCUCGCCAUCCUCGCCGCGCGCACCGCCCAGCUGCAAGCGCACCACCACCAGCCCCACGCGCUCGCGCCGCCGCCCACGCCCGUCGUGACGCGCCCCCGGCGGUCCUCGGUGCGCAGCGUCACCGUACCUGUAAGCAUCCGUCCCCGUGCUGCUGUGGCACCUGCUGUCGACGAUCCGUUUGCCGACCACCAUGCUGUUGCUGCACAGGACUUCAUCGCCGACGCGCUCCCGCCGCCGCGCGCCGCGUCCCGCGCGGCCUUCGUCCACUACAGCACGCCCGCCGCGUACACGUACCCCGCCGCCGCCGCACCGCCGCCCUCGCACUCGCACUCGCACUCGUCAUUGCCGGUGCAGCAGGUGAGGAGGGCAUCGCCGCAGAACGACAACCGCACGGCGAAGCUCGUCGCGAGCGUCCUGCUCUCGCGGGCGAGCGGACGUCCGAUGCGCCGGCGCCCGCAGUCGCCGGAGGAGAGGACGUACGUCAAGAGCUGCCUCUCUCGCGCCGUCGCUGUCACCGCCACCGUCGAGGCGUAGCGACCGCCGCGCCCCUGUGUGAUAUAUUGGCCUGUCGCGCCACACUCGCCAUCAGCUGCCGGCAUCAAAACGCGACACGUCGAGACGCUGUCGCUGUGUUUGGGAAGCAGGGCUUGUUGAGUUUCUCGUUUGGAGGUUUUUCUCGGGAACGUCCGCAUCAUUCGAUCCGCAUCACGACCACACGACAACAUAAUCAUUUUUUAUAUCGGCAAAAAGGGUUUCUCUUCAUCGCAAUUUCCCCUUUCUACUCAUACCAUCUGUAUACUCAACCGCAUUAGAUUCUCCCUCUUGGGCUCGGGCUUGUUGUACUUACAAUCCAUUGUUGUACGGCUGUAUCAUUCAAUGUAAUGUAGGAAACGCAUAUCUUAUCCUCUCAUCAACAU